CCUCUCUUCUCCAUCCUCUACAAACCCCAUCAUGGUGUUCUCAUGAGGCAUUGGAGUGGCAUUUAAGGAAUUUCGUUCUCGCGACGCCUCUCGCAGCCGCGCCCUCGGCCCUGCGAGGAGCCCAAGUUCCAACGACCCGCUGGCGGCCUCCCACUUCCCCACUGCCCAGACGCGCCCCUCUAGGAGCUUGGAGCUUUACGUCGCAAUAGCAUCCAGCAUCAACGCCACCGUUGUCGUCAGUACAGCAACUCUGACUACGGGUGCCAUCGCGCGCCCGGCGAGCGGCCCGCACCGCCGAUUGGACCACAAGGGCGAGGCGAUGGACGACGCCGCAGUUUCGAACCAUCUAUCCAAGAGGGGCAUGAGCAAUGCAGCGAUCGGAGGAACUGUGGCGGGCGUCGUCGUCGCCGUCGGUCUGCUCCUGCUUUGCCUCUACCCCUUCAUCGUCAAUUGCUGGAAGCGCCACCGGCGGAAUGGUCGAGCCGAUCUUGACACCGAGGCUGGUCGUCCCCCCGGACCCGGUAACGCGCCGGGAGCCGACCUGGGCUCACAACCACGACUUUCGUCCAGCGAAUCUCUCAAACGAGACGGAGAUGUCCCACGCGACGAGUACAACGCAACACGAGGCAAUGAAGCAGGCUGGCCUUCUCGCGAUGGGCCUCCCGCGCGCCUGGGGGUUGAUGCAACAACGAGAGAAGUGACGAGCCGUUCUGGCGCUGCAACCUCUGAUCGAUCUCUUGAGGUGGACGCUGGCGAGCAUGAGCUCCAGAUGCCGCCGUUUGCCUAUCCUUACGGAAUAGAAUACAUGCCCGAAUCAGAAGUUCAAGACAAUAAUACCGGCGUUCUCAAAGGGACCAGCGCCGAUUACUACAGUCCAUCCAUACCAUCCGAGGCAUUUGGCAUGGUUACGACGCCUACGGACCACGAUGUCGAUACGUCCCAGACAAGGCCGUCUGGCUCACGCAGCAGCUCCUUGCGGUACAACGUACGCCAUAUGUUCCGUCGAAAAAGCGGACGAGACAACACCAUCGACUCCUUCACCACGUUGACCGCAGCGGGCGGGGCGACUUCGCUCCAGCAGAUCAUCACCAACGAGGAUCCGACGGAAUCCCCAACUGAAGUAACGGUCGAGUUAGCGCUUCCUGAACCAAAGCAACUCGCAUCUGCGAGCAAUGCCUCUACGCCUCUGCCCAACGCUGCGGAGACCACGAUUAAGCAUUCUUCCCCUCCAGAGCACCCCGCCCCCGGAACAGUCAAUCCCAUGGACAUCAUGCCCGCCAGUACAGAAUCUGAGCUCUGGUAUCGAACAGAGCAGCAGCUACUAGCGUCUAGUUAUCAGUCUGUGGCGGUCGCACCUCUCGAACAAUCCCCGGAGACGGGCUACACUCAAACCGUCACAGCUCCUUCACCCACGAAUCCUGCGCAAUCACCCGUCGAGCAGGCCGCAGACCUCUCCAUGGCAGCAGACGCACACUUGGAGGUUGGAGACCAUGAUGUACCGAUGCCCGAUGGAGACGCGCAUGAUCACAUCAGCCCAUCAGCGGUGCUCGAGUCUCAUCGUCAUCCAAGCUACCCUUCCGAUCAAUCGACACCUUUCCCCGAGCAUAGUUCAACGAAUCCCUCUUCGCAUAACACGCCUUCGACGCAGGUUGAUAGCCCCAGCUCUGCGUCUAUGAACAGCUCAGACUACAGACAUAGUGUGUCGCCUCAACCCGUACUUCUGUCGCUGAAGACCGGCGUGUUCCGAUGUACCGAGGUGGGCUGCAAUCAGGUCUUUGACCAGCCACAUAAGCUCAAGCAUCAUCAGCGGUACCACAGCAAGGAUCACAAAUGUGAAUACCCGAAUUGUGGGAAGGGCUUCGGCACAAAGACGCAUCUGCAACGGCAUAUUAACGACCGCCACGAAAAGAAGAAGAAAUUCCAUUGCUCCGUCCCGAACUGCGACUUUUCUAGGGUAGGGGGCAGAGCAUUUCCCAGGAAGGACAACUGGAAGAGGCAUAUGAUGAAGAUUCACCACAUGGACCAGACCCAGCUCCCCGAACCUAUCGAAGUUGACCAAGACGCCCCUUAGGGUGAGGCGAGACCUUUGUCCGACCCGGAAUGCACUCCGACGGACCUGAGCAUUUUUGAUAUCUUUGAUGAUAUCAGCGAGACGGCGGGGGACCAAUGGGGAAGCUUUGCAGAGGAAGAGACGCAGAUGGACGAACACCACAUGGACCAGACCCAGCUCCCCGAACCUACCGAAGUUGACCAAGACGCGUCUCAGGGUGAGGCGAGUCUUAUGUCCGACGCGGAAUCGACUCCGAGGGACCUGAGAAUUUUUUAUACCUCUGAUGACGAUAUCAGCGGCACACAGGGGCACCAAUGGGGAAGCUUUGCAGAGCAAGAGACGCAGAUGGACGAACACCGUGAUCCUACGUAGGCUCACUGUACUAUACCCCCUCCUGAUGAGGAAAAUAAGCGGAGUGUCAGCGCGAUAUGAUUCUUUGCAUUCGGCACCGGGGCAUGCUUAAAUAUGCACAACAAACAGGAACAUGCGGGAAUGGCAAGCGGGCAUGGAUGGCUUUGGAAAGCCGGUUGGCGUUCUGCGAAUGGUUUUUUCUGAACAUGGCCUACUUAGGAGUCCAUACAAAUCCAACUUCACGUAAUGCGUUGUUGCGUUCUACAGUUGUAUUACACAUCCAUGCAACGAUGGCUCUGCCCACCGCAAUGACGGUCUUUACAUUCUCGCUGUCGACCCAAAAUUUGCCAUUCCGACCCGUGGCCGUCUCGAAUUGAAAACCAAGCUUGGCGAAUUCAUCCAGCACCACCACCUUGCCAUCCCGGGCUGUUUCCGGCAUCAUGAGCCUCCGCGACAUUCCGAGCGAAAUGUCAAAGAGCAUGCCGCCGUUUAGCGGACCCAAGCCCUCCGACUUGCCCGUCGUGGCAGAGACGCAUUCAAUCUCGGCAUCCAUGUGCUUGUUGGCGAGGCUCACGCGGGCGUAGACGAGGGCCCCGGGGGCUAGCAUUGGGCGCGUUUUCCUCGUCGCGGAUUCAAAGGAUAGUUGUGGGAGUAGAACGGGG